AUAAAAGAGAAAUGUUAAAAAAACAAACAAAACGGGACUUUUUUUUUAUUUUUCUUGUCAGUGUUUGAAUAGUGAAUCAUCAGCUUUAGGAUAAACUUUUAUGUUACGAAGACUAGGAUUAAUACUGGUCUAAUUAAAUGAAUAAAUACGAAGUGUAAUUUGUUUUUAUAUAAAAUCAAGCUCGUUAAGUCAAUUUUUGAAUCAGUCGGCCAUGUUCUUUGCUUCCUAUAAGUAAUGUAAAGAUUUUGUCAAUAACUUACUUUUGCAUUUUAUUAACGGAUAGAUUUGAAUAACAGCGUCCUGAAGAGGAGCUGAUACUACUAUGAGCUUCCUGUUUGGGAGCCGGUCAUCCAAGACCUUCAAGCCGAAGAAGAACAUCCCGGAGGGCACGCACCAGUAUGACCUGAUGAAGCAUGCCGCGGCCACGCUCGGAUCGGGCAACCUGCGGCUGGCGGUCAUGUUGCCGGAGGGAGAAGACCUCAACGAGUGGGUCGCCGUCAACACGGUGGACUUCUUCAACCAGAUCAACAUGCUGUACGGCACCAUCACGGAGUUCUGCACCGAGGAGAAGUGCUCCAUCAUGUCGGCGGGGCCCAAGUACGAGUACCACUGGGCGGACGGCCACACGGUCAAGAAGCCCAUCAAGUGCUCUGCCCCCAAGUACAUCGACUACCUCAUGACCUGGGUGCAGGACCAGUUGGACGACGAGACCCUCUUCCCGUCCAAGAUCGGCGUGCCCUUCCCGAAGAACUUCCUGUCGAUAGCGAAGACGAUCCUGAAGCGACUGUUCCGGGUGUACGCGCACAUCUACCACCAGCACUUCCAGGAGGUGGUGCACCUGGGCGAGGAGGCUCACCUCAACACCUCCUUCAAGCACUUCAUCUUCUUCGUGCAGGAGUUCAACCUGAUAGACCGGCGUGAGUUGGCACCCCUGCAGGAGCUGAUAGAGAAGCUGACGGCCAAGGACUGCCGAUGAAUACUGCCGCCGUCGUCGUGAUGCUGUGAUAUCUACGCGCCUAUACACACACUUUGAUGCAGAAGAUGUAACAAUUUAUUUUGUGGCACGGAGGUGUUGAUCCUGCGAAGAGAGAGGAGAGUCGGUGCGAGAGACGGGACUUGUCGGCGUGUGUUGUUGUGUUGGUGGUUCCUCUUUUUUUUAGUUUCCUAAGCUUUGCAUUUUCUAUUUGUGUUGGUGGCACUGCGUGUUUAGCGUUCUACACCCUCCUCCGACCAGCGUUGUGUACUUAGCACUCGCACUCGAUGCAGACUGCCGCUUGGCCACGUGGGCCGUCUCGACCGUCGUGUGGACGUGAGUGCAACCAUCCGUCGGGACGAGCGCGUCUCCGUCGAGAGUUACGAGUUCAGGGAGGUGGGGGCAGUCCAUUGUGAUUGUGACAUGUGACUGGAAUACCCAGGAAGCCGGUAGCCAAGUACUUGCAGUCCGCGGCUGGCAGGUGCACUUGCGACUUUGUUGUGUUUGUGCACGUAACCAGCUCCUGUCCCCCAGAGAAGCUGGCAGGCUGGAGAAUAUCCCAGCACGCAUUCACAUUACAAAUGUCCCGUUUCACGUUGUUUUAUAUCUCAUCUGCAAGUGGUCUGUUAGUACUCGUCUCGCUAUCAUUGAAACAUUCAUGCUGUAACUGAAACACAUGUAUAGUUUUACUGUAAUAAGCCCAAUAGUUUGUUGUGGAUGAAUUAAGCAUCUCCAUUAACUAUUCUUGCCUAUGUCUUCUGUAAGUUAUCCUUGUUUUGAUUUGUCUUAAGGCAUAGAGAUGUGCAAAAUGUACGUUAUUACCUGGUACUAAGUUAGACUUCAUAGUUCUGUAAAUUCUUGGAGAGGCAGAGGCACAAAGAUUUUACAUGUUUACAAUGAAUUUUCAUCUAAAAUGUAUAUCCAUAGUAUAAAAGUCAAACAUAAUUAUUUUACAGGUUAAAAUGGAAAUUAGACAUGUUUAACCAUGUGUAAGUAGGUAAUGUCAUCUAGAGUUAGGGGACAGGUAAAAUAUGCUAAUGAUUAUGGGUGAGUUCCAAUUUUCACCCUUAAAACAUUUUUCCGAGCUCCGUUAUUGUAGAGUGGAAUUGAUUAGGUAGUAUUUGAGAAUAAUGUUUAUGCUAUUUUUCAAAUUAGAGCUGAACUUAUCACAAUUUUUAGUAGCUGUUGGAGUAUGAGCAGUUAGGGACAUUGUUUAGUUGGUCACAUUCUUGUGAAGAUUGUUGUUAUUGGCUCAGGGGUGAGAGACUGCGCGACCAAUAACAAUAACAUAUAAUCUUUGUUUUAGUUGGGGAGUCUCACAUGUCAAUCCAGUUAAAACAAGGGUUUGUAUAAGGCACUCGACUAAAAAACUAAACAUUCAAUAGUGAUUUUAAAAUCACUACUGUUUCUGAUAGCUGAUUAUUAGUUUGUCUUGAUAUAGCUUUUAGAAUUUGUAUUUAAGAAUUAUCUCACACAUACAUAAAAUUCGAGCAGCACCUUAAAAAGUUCAUAGACUUCUGUCUUGGUGCCCUUGUACUUCUUCAGGAUUGGUAAUGUAAUAAAGAAGCAUAGCAGAACUAUGCGAGAUUGUAACGUAAUGUAAAUUUUGCAUGUCUCUCUUAGUGCAUUGUCAGCCUGCAUCGUUCUUUAUUUUAGGGUUCUCAAUCAAAAGAACAUUAUAAAAUUUUGCUUGUUUUAGCCCUUAUCUCAUUAUUCCUUUUUUUCUUUUAUUUCCUAGUUAGUACAUUAAUGUCUGUGAUUUGCAGUUUGCUAGAGAUGGACAGAGAGUUGACAACUUGAGCCGAGUCAUGCUAGUAACUUAGCUCGAUUUUGCUUCACACUUGUGUUCAUCGCGUCCCACUAUUUUGCAAAUGCUUAACAGUGAAACCUCCCUUAUACUUACGUUUUCCUGCAAUUUGCACAGCUUUUUUUAGAAGUACUUUUUAUUAUACAUAAUUACGUACACUUUCUGAAAUAUGUUCUUUUUAUUUACGUUUCAAAACAAUGUAAAUGGACACUAUUUUGGAAUGAAAGGCUGGUGUUACAUCAUGGAUUUGAAAUCAAGCAAACAAAUUUUAAAGUUCAAUAAGAAAAUUAUACCUUUUUUCUAUUAUAGUGUCAGUUGGUAGUAUCUAUGUUUGGCACAAGCGUAGCAACACAAAAGUGAUACAUCUUUUGUUUUCAUAUCUUUGAUUAUCUGCGCUCUUUGAAUGACUUCCAAUGGGGAAGAUUAAUUUGAAUAUCAUGUUGAACACACGCCAUAGUUUUAAUUGUAUGCAAUAGAGGAAGCCUGUAAAACAGACACACAGAAAAUAAGCUUAAAGAUUGGCCAAUAUCAAAUGUUAAAUGUAAGGACAGCACGUACAAUUCUGUGGAAGGAUUGGAAUUAGUAAUAUCAAUAUCACAGCACAGACAAAUUGGACUUAAUGAUGAGACAGCUGUAGGAUAAAAACAGACUAACAACUUUUGACAACAAGCAACAGGCAGACUAGCCAAACAGUGAUAAUAAAUAGAUGAUAUAUCUGUUUUUUUUCCCCCCUCCAUAUUUCAUAUCUGUUUAUCAUCGUUAGGUUGCUGUCUUUCGCUUUGUUGUUUGUUUUUACUGUUUUUUGUGCUGCAAUUUCCUCAUCGUUCUCAGUCCACUGUGCUCAUCGGUGCAGUGAUAUUGCUCUAAUUCCUUCCACUAUAUUCUCUUCUGUCUUUACAGUUAACAUUUGUCAUUGGCUAAUUUUGGUUCUUUUCUGUGUGUGUGUAUUCAUUUUUCUAUGUCGGUUUUUUUUUGGUGUGUUUCCUCUAUGACAUACAGUUGAAACUAGCAAUGGCAUAUGUCCAAAUUAAUUAUUCAAAUUUAAUUAUCUAUUCACGGCUUGGUUUUUGUUCCUUAAGACUCAUUAAGCAUUAACUAAAUACGGAUACAGACAGUGCUCCUUUGCUGCACAGAGCUUUAUGUUAAAUUCACAUGACUUCGUUGACGUCAGAUGACUUUGACAGUUCUGAGGGCAAAUCAUAAGUAUCAUGAUUUUUGAUGUAGAGAAAAUAGUUUUUAACCAGAAAUAGUGGAAUAUUGUGGAGGUAAUAUUUCUCCUGGUUGUAAACAUUUUUCAUUUUGGUUAUUUUGUAGUUUAUGAGCAGUUAUUUUUAACACGUCUAUUGAAUGGCAUUAAAAGUAAAUCUUAGUGGGUUAUUUCAAUAGUUAAUGAAAACAUUAAAAAUGUUUUUUUCGAAUUUUUUUGAAAUUAAAAUUUUGUAAUAUUUUUUUGAAUAAUGAAUUUAAAAAACAUAUUACACCCCAAAGUAAAUCAUCUAUAACUUUUGAAGCCUAAAUACAUUUUUAAGGAUGCUAAUGAAAAAAUAUAAAGUCUCGACUUAGCAGUAAUGCAGAAUUAGAUUUUAACUGUGAAAUUUGCAAACUCGUCCAUCUCUAGAGCUUAUCAUUCCAUAUUACGCUAGAUUCAGACAUGGCUGUAUGAAGGAUUGGUGUGUGAACCAUCCGGAAGGUCGAAAGUUAUUUAGUUUUUUCUUUCCCUUUUUUUAAUUCAUCACUUGAGAUUUUUCCACAAGUCUCGUUAUCAUUGGUUAACUUGCCUGCAUUGUAUUCUUUUCUGUUCUAGUCAGGGUAUUUACUGUGCAGCACAUAUGGGGGCUUAAAGGAGUCCAUCAGUCACUGGAUUGGUCAGGUGAAGUAGCAUAGCUGUCCGACUCAACCGCGUGAACGUUGUCUCGGCUCAUGCGUGUUUCUGCUUGCUUUUUGAAUCCAGUUGCUGUUUGUACAUAAGUAGAUGGGAUUGUGAAUCUCAAUGAGAAUGAUGCAAGCUCAUAUCUUGCUGCUGACAGUGGAGUCCUGCUGAUUUGAGCUCUGAUUAUCAUGUUUUCGGAUCAGCCGAAUAAUUGCCGUAACACAACAGUGUGUAGUAAAAUACAUCCCUACAAAAAUGUAUCAUGUAACACAGUCUAUAACGCUAUAAAAAGCACAAACUUACUAAACAUGUUUACUGUCAAGGUUUCAACGAAAAUAUUCAAUAUUUAAAAAAAAAUACUUUCCACCACUUGUUUGUACUAGCCAUAUUUUCAGAUUAGUGAGUUUUGGAUUAGCAGGACUCUACUGGAUUGUUUUAGUGAGAAAUAAUUUUGAGUUAAAAGACAGUAUAUUGUGUACAGUAAUUGCAGAGUAAUAUACUUUAAAUCCAUAUUCAAAAGCAAACUAGCUAACAUAUUCCAUAGGCGUUGAGGUGUUACUGCUUUGAAGUAUGUGCUUUCAUUUAUAGCAGGAGACUCUUCACCUGACCGUUCAGUCACCUGGGGUGUUGUGUGUGGCCUUCGAUUGUGCAGGUUACUCUAAACUUGGGUAUUUUCCAAUUCCAAAGAAUCUCAACUGUACACAAGUAUUUAUCACUCACGAGCCAAACACUGUUUGGAAGAAGUGUAGGUUAUAUGUAGUAACUAGGUGACACAUUUUAUAUAUGCGAUGUACUGAUGUGAAUUGUUACUUGCUGUUUUGGAGUGACAUAUUUUUUGAUAAAGCCUGAAGAACAAUUUAUUUAUUGACGUAUUAACUCAAAUUGCCGGUUGUCAUCCAAUGUGUGAAAAAUGAAAUAAGCUAUACGUAUUGGCUGGCAUUGAAAAAACAUGUGGGUUACUCAAAGUUGGUACAGACAGCUCUCCCAUGCUUUUUAUAACUUUAUUUUAGGGUGGGGGAGAAAUUAUUUUAGUAAAGUGCUGUUUUCCACAUUUUAAUAUAAUAUAUAGUAAACAAUAGAACUAAAUUAUUUAAACAAAUUUAAGUUAGGUUCCUUAUUCCAUGAUAAAAUAAUAAAUUUUUCUGAUUAGUUUGGAAUAUUCAUGGUUAAAUUUGAAACACAUGUUGCAGGGUUUUUAAUGGACCUAUUUUACAGUAAAGAUUGUUCAUUUUAUCAAAUGCCUUGUUCAGUGUUUAUCAUAAUUAAAAUUUGACUCCUUAAUACAGCUACUAAAUGCUGUUUUUACACUCUAUGUUUGUUGGAAAAAAUGUUAUGUACAUGUGCCUCGUAAUAUGUAGUUAAAUGAGGAAAAUUUAUAUUGGCUUAGUCUUAAUAUGAGUGACAUAAUGCACAUAAUGCAAGAACCGUCAUACCUGUAGGGAGUUUGUGGAUUGAUUUGGCCAUGAAUGUACAGGAUACGUCUGACAAACUUCAGCUGCGUGUUCAUCAUGAAAAUAAAAAACUAAACGUAUGACUAAAUAAAUUAUUUCAUUUAAACAGUUGGGAGUCACACCUUUAUUUUCGGAAUAUUUUGUGAUGUGUUGCUACCCCCAGUUAUUUUAAUGAAAUAAUUUUCGACAGCCACAACAUUCAUGGUGGUUGUAGAACUUUGUUCAAAUAAACAUAAUCCACAAUCUUAAACACUUUCUCCAUUAUUUACAAUAAAAAUGUUGUUCAGCUCAGUCUUCAAGAUGUAUACCAGCCUUGUGAAGAAAUUUAGACCGUAAGUUGUAUUAUGUUUUAAACUUAUUUUGUCCUUAUGAAUGCGGAGCCGAAGUUUGUCAAAUUCACACUCGAGCUGUUUUACUGCUAAAUAAGUAUAACAUUCCGCAUUCUUUAAUCCGGCACCGAUCAUGCUGUUCUCAUUUAGGUUUUUAGUAGAGGGGAUUCGGGCAAUCGUUGACCUUGACCGCCAGACUUCUUGAAUUUCGCUCAAUUGUUUAUUUUAUGAUAUUUUGACAGACAUAAUGUUAUACAUUAGUGUGAGACUUUUUUCCAACACCAAUGCUUUUGUGUCUAUUUUCUUGUUACAGAGCAGCUAAUUAAGACAUGUUUUAUAUUUCAUUGCACUGUUUAUUUAUUUUACUUUUGUGUUUCCAUUAAGGCUGUAUCAAAGCUCAAUAAUCUAGCAUAAUCUCCAAUCCCUGCACUGCUGUUGCCUGGGAUUGCAGAGUUAUUCCUGUAUCAGCUUUUUGUGCCCUCAAGUGAUAAAAUGUUGGGUACAUUCAUAGUGAUGUAAUGAAAUGUUAAAUGAAGAAACAGAAAUUCAAAGCAGCUUGGAUCAGUUCUUAUUGCACUUGGUUUUACUGAGUGAUGGGGAAAACGUGACCUUGAGUGCAGUGGGUCGCUUCCUGCCAGGCGAGUUAGUCGAAAACCGAGAACUUUUUGUUGCUCUUCUGAUAGUGUUUAUCAUGCUAGUGUUGUGUAUUACUUAUUUAAUUGCUGUAACCAGAAAAAAUUAUUUGUGUAACUGAAAGUUUAAAGAAAAAGUUUAUUACCAA